AUGGCCAGUGCUCCUGUUAGAUCUAAUGUAUGGAUGAUAGAUGUCAUGGGAUACUAUCUAACAAAUGAUUUACAAGCUACUAAUGAAGAAAUCGACUAUUUGAAGCGUUUAUGUGCACUGAAAUCAAAACCACGAGAAGCUUCCAUAAAACUUAAAGGUGUUCGUAAUCCAUCUACGAUCAUCGAUGACUAUCUCUAUCAUGGAGAUUUGGGCCAUGCACUUAAUAAAAAUCUACUUGAAGAGCUCGAUAUUCGGCAUAUUGUCAACGUUUGUGAUUCACCAUUAAACAAAGAAAUUCUUGAUCAUUUUAACGUAUUGUGGAUAAAUGUAAGCGAUGAACUUAGUGCUAAUAUUCGUCAAUAUUUCGAUAGAACAAAUGAAUUUUUACAUGCUUGCAAGCUAAAAAAUGAAAAAGUUCUUGUUCACUGUCAGAUGGGCAUUUCUCGUUCUUCGUCGAUUAUUCUAGCAUAUUUGAUCAAGUAUCACUUCGAUAAUCUUUAUGAUGCUUACGAUCACUUGGUUCAAUGUCGGAGAAUCGUAUCACCUAAUUUUGGUUUUUUUCUACAGCUAAUUCGGUACGAGAGCGACUUGCAUAGUAGCAAGACAAUCAAAGAUGAUCACGUAUCGAACGAAUCAAUUGGGACUGUUACAACUCCAUCUUCUGUUAACUCUAAUCUAAUCGAAUCAACCAAACAAUAG